GGAGGGGGUGAGAGAUUAUGAUUGACCAGGUGCCAGCCCACACUUGUCAAACCUUAACAUGAAUACAGAUCAUAUGGGGAGACAGUGGAAAACCAGGUUCUGACAAACCAGAAGAUUGGCCUAGGGUGGGGCUGAGUUUGCAGCUCUAUCAGGCUCCCAGGUGAUGCCAAUGCUGCUGGGCCAGGGGCCACUUCGAGCAGCUAGGGCCUAGUUGACUGGAUUGGCUGGGGAAGGGAGGCAGGUGGGAGCCCAGGUGGGCAUGGCCAUCAUCUAGGAUAUAAGAGGGCUGGUGGUGGUUACCUAGCAGUUACCAGUGGGAGUGACUUUGUGGGCACCAUGAUCCUGUGUCACAGGCUUUUUGUCUGCUUUCUGCUCUGGGGAGGUAUGGAGCUAUGCUACUCCCAGACCACCUGGAGGAGUGAGACCCCCAGUCCCAGGCCCUCUAAGGCGCCUGUGGUGGUGGAGUGCCUGGAGGCCCAGCUGGUGGUCACUGUGAACAAGGACCUUUUUGGCACUGGGAAGCUCGUCAGGCCUGCAGACCUCACCCUCGGCCCUGAGAACUGUGAGCCCCUGGACCAGGACAAUGUGGUCAGGUUUGAGGUCGGAUUGCAUAAGUGUGGCAGCAGCAUGCAGGUGACCGAUGAUGCCCUGGUGUACAGCACAUUCCUGCUCCACAAGCCCCACCCUGAGAGGAACCUGUCCAUCCUGAGGACUAACCUCGCCAAGAUUCCCAUCAAGUGCCACUACCCCAGGCAGGGCAAUGUGAGCAGCCAGGCCAUCCUGCCCACCUGGGUACCCUUCAAGAGCACAGUGUUCUCGGAGGAGAAGCUGGUUUUCUCUCUACGCCUGAUGGAUGAGAACUGGGUUGCUGAGAAGAGGUCCCCCACCUUUCAGCUGGGAGAUACAGCCCACCUGCAGGCCGAAGUCCACACUGGCAGCCAUGUGCCACUGCGACUAUUCGUGGACCACUGUGUGGCCACACUGACACCAGACCGUAACACUUCCCCUUAUCACAGCAUUGUGGACUUCCACGGUUGUCUUGUGGAUGGUCUCUCUGAUGCUUCUUCUGCCUUCAAAGCCCCCAGACCCCGGCCAGAGACUCUCCAGUUCACAGUAGAUGUGUUCCAUUUUGCAAAUGACUCCAGAAACACGGUAUAUAUCACCUGCCAUCUGAAGGUCACUCCGGCUGAUCGAGUCCCGGACCAACUAAACAAAGCCUGUUCCUUCAGCAAGUCCUCCAACAGCUGGUCCCCUGUGGAAGGCACUGCUGACAUCUGUCAAUGCUGUCACAAGGGGAGCUGUGGCAUUCCAGGCCAUACCAGGAGUCUGUCCCCACUAGUGAGAAAGUGGCACAAGCCUGCUACCCGCAGUCGUAGGCAUGUGACAGAAGAAGCAUAUGUCACCAUGGGGCCGCUGAUCUUCCUGGGCCAGGCUGGUGACCAGAGCAUGGGAAGCUCGGUCUCAUCUGUCACUUCUGUGAUGCUAGGCUUGGGCCUGGUCACAGGGGUCACCCUGACUCUGGCUACUGUUGUCCUGGCUCUUGCCAGGAGGCAGCGCACUGCUUCCCACUCCCCAAUGUACCCUGUGUCUGCUUCCUAAUAAAGUGACUUCCUGCA